CAAAAUUGAACAGGACUAUGUUAUUGUAUAAAUAUAAAAUUUAUGGUAAAGUUGUGCUGGCUGAAAGCAAUGGAGUGACCGUAUAUGUUGUACAUCAUAUCCGUAUCCGUAGUUUUGCGUUGUAGCACGAGACCUGAUAUUUGCUGAAUGUGAGAGGAAGAUGCUGGCCGAAGUGGCCUAGCGUACGCAAAAGUUGUCCUGUUUGGGAACCGUGAGUAUCAGGCGUUGUUAACCGGUAAAUGAGUUGAGGGAAUCAGAAGAACAUAGUGAGUGGUUUAAUAAGCGCGUAAGAUAUAAGUUGAGCGAUCUGUUGACAGUGCUAGAGCUUAUCGUUCGAACAUGUACGAGAGCCAGUGAAGUUAUUACGCCGGGUUUGAGGCCAUGAAAAUAAUAACGCAACAUGUUCAGCAAUCGGAUGCUAGACAGCUGGGUGAAGGGGUGAGAUGGAGUGUCAAAUUUGUGACGAGAAUGGGAUUUAUAUACUACAACUGUAGCGACAGUGCGGUUGCAAAGCUAGCCCUAAAGGGACCUCGAAUAGCGGAAAAAGAUAGGGACUUCUACAGUGCAGCAAACAGGUCAAAUAUACGACAGGAAAGGGUGAUACUGGGAGUCGGGUUAGUUAUGUGGAAGAAACUGCUUGCUGACAGGCCUUCAACUUUAAUAAUAGGAGAGAGAAGGGCUUGAAUACUAUAGGUUUAGUUAGAAAAUGGUUGUAGGGCCAGCGCUGAAGGGGACCUAGAAUAUCAGUAUUGUGAGCAGUAGCCGCAAAAGAUGCUACGUGUGCCACUCUGAUGUGGACAUCCACGGUGGAACGUUGAAGUCAAAUAGACUGCUAGUUAUGACUCACUAAUUGGUGAGUUGCUGGCAACCUGAUUAGUUAGUAUACAGGAGCGGCACGCUUUAUUAGGCUCAGCAUAGUCUGAUAGGUGUACAGUGUGGAAUACAAGAGAGAAAACAGACAGCAAUACUUGCGACAUCUGUAGAGAGAAAACGACAGUGGUGCCGGCUCCGGAAUUGACCAAGGGUAAGGAAAUAAUACGGACAGCACCGCCAAUUGCCAAGUUUUCAUCCCAAGAUAUGCGAUGACGAGAGGAGGUGCAGAAAAAGUAUACAAUAGAGUAUGGUUAAACAUAGGAGUGGAUGAGACCCAAAGAAGUUCAAGUGCUCAGCAUCUGGCGCUGGUGGAAUAAGAAAGCCAUCAGUCCAAUAGACGGGGAUGUGAGAAUUAAAA